AUGGCUGGCGACACGAAUGGUCCCGCUGAUCCCAGCCAGGGGAACAAUGGCGCCGAUGAUUCCACCACUGUCAACCCCUACGAAACCAUCCCCGAAAAUCUCCCCAAAGAUGACCCUUUUCUAAAGCAAAGUCCUCACUACGGCCGUUAUCACCGACGUGACGAUGAUUUUACCCCUCAGCACGACCAUUGGUACCAGUCGGAUGCGGGCUCAUUUUCUUACUGGCAGGAUUUCGUCAGAUCGUCUUGGACGUCAGAAAACUCCUUGAAUCUGCCCGGCACCCGCGAGGCGUUCGCGGUCGGCAAUGUCAUCAUCAGAGUCGAUUCCGAGCCCGCCCUUGACACGACGGCUGAAAAAUACUCCUAUGCCAAUGCAAACGAGCUGAGCGCGGCGAGAAAGGCGGAAGAGGCGCUUAGGGAGCUCAACGUUGCUGUGCCGGUCAUCUAUUUCUACGGUACAAUUGACGGGAAAAAUGUGUCUGUGGAAUCCCGGAUUCCGGGUGUUUCGCUGGAGGUUGCGUGGCGAUACCUGAGCGACGAGCAAAUUAACACGUUCAAGCAGCAAUGUCGCCGCAUUCUGGAACGACUACGGGAUACCGAUUCCCCGCCCGAGAGCCCUUCUUACGUCUGCAGUGAACUGAACUCGCAACUACCACCGGAGGUUCGGGAGACAGAGAGAGAUAUACUGUUCAAGGAAAAAGGAGAAGGUGAAAGUUUGGAUCUGGUGCACAAUAACUUGACUCCUCCCAAUGUUAUUGUGAGCGACGAUCAGGUGGUGGGAAUUCUUGGUUGGCGACAUUGCGGGUUCUUCGGCUUCGGGCGCGCGAACAAAAUCCAUCGACAAUUCAGGGUCUCGGAAAACCUCAGCGGAGGAGUUGGUGGCUUGUACGGGAACGUGCAAACUUGGCUGAGCCUUUACGAAAAUAUGUCUGGAGCAGGCGAAGGCUUUGGAGCUGGAGAGAAUCGAAACACACCAGGACCCCCGGUCAAAACGGAGCCUUCAACAGUGGCCUUGGACAGAGUCCCUUUGGAUGAGGAUGUUGAGGAACAACCGGUUCUCAGCCAGCUUGACGGCGCGGACCUACUCGGGGAGCAUCCCACUCCGAAAAAGAUCGCCAAUCUCAAGCACGGAGGAACGUCCAGAGCCUCUUCGAUAUCCGAUCGAUCGUCGCCGGCAAAUUCCACCAAACAGUCGACCGGUAAAAAGCCAGCCACUAGUGCCACGAAAAAAGGGGUUGGAAGGAAGCCGACAACCAAGAAGCGCAAACUCAAUGACGUUGAUAACGAGAGUGUUGAUGGUGGCCGGUCCAACACGCCUUCGUCAGCUCGUGGCAGCAAAACUCCAGCUGCGAAGAAACGAGGGUCUACGUCUGUUGCUGGGUCUCCCGCACCCGAACCCAAACCCAAAAAGAAGGGCAGGAAGAAGGCCGCGGUGCAACAAGAAGACGAUGACGACGACGAUUCGAUCGACGAGAACGAGCUGUUUUGCAUCUGCCGCAAGCCUGAUAACCAUACUUGGAUGAUUGCCUGCGACGGCGAGUGUGAUGACUGGUUCCAUGGGAAGUGCGUGAACAUUGAUCCGAGAGAUGCCGACUUGAUUGAAAAGUAUAUAUGUCCAAAUUGUAAGGAGAAGGGUCUUGGGUGGACUACAUGGAAGCCAAUGUGCCGGUUGCCUGAAUGUCGAAAACCUGCCCGCGUAUACACGAACAACCCUAGCAAAUACUGCACCGACGAACAUGGUCGUGAAUUCAUGCUUGCAAAAACAAGGCCACUUGGCGUGGUAUUGAGUACAGGACCACGAAAAUCCCUCACAAAUGGACGAAAUGCAGUCAAUGGACUCAGUCGCCUGCGAGAUGUUCAAGAUGCCGAGUCUCAAACCAAUGGUAGCCCCGUUGAGAACGGAAUUGCGACCAUUAAGGGUCAAAGAAAUGGCAUUCCAGAAGAAUUAGGCAGCAGAGGCGGCAUCCUUACCGCUGGCGAACUCAAGGCACUAGUAACGGACGUUUCGUCCGCGAGUGAAUUUCGCAAGCUCGGCGAGAGAAUCAUAACUCCACCACCGGAAGAAGAAGGAGAAGCAGGAGAAGAAAACCCGGAGGGCGAGGCGAAGCCCAAGAAAAAGCUUGGUUUGGAUGUUGACCCAGAUCCGAAUCGCCUUACAUACUCUCCCGACGAAGCCUCCAAGAUCGAGGAAAUGCGCAAAUGGCGCGACGAGCUGCACCAUCGCAAGGACAUGCUUAACGCUCGCAACACGUUCUUGACAUUUGUCCGCCAGCGCUCCAAAGCCAUUGUCGAGAAGUUGAAGCAGACAGAUCCCAAGGGAGGAUGGAAAGACAUCUGCGGGUUUGAUACCCGCCUCGCGUGGUCCGACGAGGAAUUCGACGAAUGGAGGCUUUCGGAUGCUGGGGCGAAAGCGCUCCAGGACGGCACGCCCGAACUCCUUGCAUCAAGCCAUCCCGAUGCCACCGAUGCAGACGGCGAUGCGACAAUGGACACCGAUGACAAUGAAAUGGCACAUACCACGCGGGGAGUCUGUACGAAAAAGCGCUGCGAACGGCAUAAGCAGUGGCUCAAGAUCCAGCAGCAGGAAAUACUUUUCGAGGAGAAUACUCUCACCCAGGAUCUCAAACGAUGCGAGACAGAGGCUCAAAAUGUCGUGGAAAGAGCCGUUCUGAGGAUGUGGGCCGAGACAGACAAUGCCCAAGUUGGUUGUCAGUGA